AUGCAGGAACGUUUUCUGGGAUUUCGUUUUACGGAAGAGCCCGCAAAUGCGGUGGCGAAAGCUGGACGAGUACAACUGGACUGCCGAUAUGCGUUGUCCACGAACAAUGUCCCAACACGUAUCGAAUGGCGAAAAGAUGGAGCCGAGCUGAGUACGGUACGAUCAACCGGAAAAGUCUUUAUAGAAAAUCUCUUUGUGGAAAUCAACUGCCCACUUAUGGACGAAUUCGGUUCCUUUGAAGGGAUUGGCCUCUUCUUGAUUGCAUCCUCAUGUCGAGUAAUUGACGUAUUUGUUAAAGUGGAUUUUUUCAAUACUUAG